AUGCUGCUCCCCGCGAGCGUCCUGAUUGGCCUGCUGUGCCUGAACCAUGCGGGAAGCGUCGAGGGCUUCGCUCGUCUCCAGGACGACGUGGAGCUACGCUCGGCCUUCUCGGUCGCUCGCACCAGCAGCAUGGAGGGAGGCCCAAAGAUGACGGUGACCUUUGACACCGUCUACGUCAACAUCGGCGGGGAUUUCGACGCCAAGGCCGGCUUGUUCCGCUGCCGCAUCCCCGGGGCGUACUACUUCUCCUUCACAGUGGGGAAGUUCCCACAUAAAGACCUGUCAGUGAUGCUGAUGAAGAACAGAAACGAAGUGCAGGCCAUCGUGUACGAGGAGAACGCUGGAGAGGAGAGGAAGGUGCAGAGCCAGAGCGUGAUGCUGCAGCUGGAGUUCGGUGACACCGUCUGGCUGCGUCUCCAUGGCGACCCCCGCUACGCUCUCUACAGCAACACCGGCCACUACACCACCUUCAACGGGUACCUGGUCUACCCCGACACCUACGACUACCAGACGCACCACCACGAGACGCACCACGACCCCCAGCAGCCCCUGCAGGACAGCAUCGCCCCGCCGAGCAGCAACCAGGCCAACACCGGGCCGGCGGCGAAGGAGGAGGACAAGGAGCUGCAGCACAGGGAGGAAGAGGAGGAGGACGAGGAGGAGGACGACGAAGACGACCAGAGAUCUGCCUUCUCGGUGGGGCGCACCCAGAGCAUCGUGGGAGUGGACCAGGUGGGGCUGCCGCAGCACCAGCCGGUCAGCUUCGACACGGCCUUCGUCAACAUCGGAGAGGACUUCAACGUGACCGAGGGGGUGUUCACCUGCCGGGUUCCCGGAGCUUAUUACUUCUCCUUCAACGUGGGCAAGCUGCCGCAGAAGACGCUGUCGGUGAAGCUGAUGAAGAACCGUCUGGAGGUGCAGGCGAUGAUCUACGACGACAGCCAGGGAGAGAAAGCGCUGCAGAGCCAGAGCUUGAUGCUGUCGCUGAAGCCGGGCGACACGGUGUGGCUCUACUCCCACCAGAGAGACGGCUUUGGGGCCUACAGCAACCACGCCAAGUACAUCACCUUCACCGGCUUCCUGGUGUACCCGGACUUCCCCACCAGCACCGCCGCCGCCACCGCCACCAGCCAGUCAUAUGCAGACAAGAAGCCCUAG